GAAACUUGUGGCAAUGAAAGCUUCAUUCUUCUCAACUUCAAAAACCUAAAAUCCGAUCACACUUUGGUCCUUCUCAUGGCGUCCACCGCCGCUCUUCAAGCUUCGUGCUCUUUCUUACUCCGGCCUCAAGACGGCAGCUCCAACACACUAGGAGAGCACAGAGUGAGAAAACUAGGAGCUGGUGGAAGUAGAAGAACAAGCCUCAACACUCUGCGCAUCUUCGCGUCGCAAGGACCGUACAAAGGCGAGAGAGCGCCGCCGGGAGUCGACACGAGGAUUCACUGGGAAAACGAAGAUGAAGGAUGGAUCGGAGGGACGGCGGGCUCGCAGAAAGAAAAACUCGAUGCAGAGGAAGAGCAGAAAAAUCUCUUAGGCGAGAAAUUCGCCGAUCUCCUCAACGAUUCAUCCAAUUCUCACUACCAGUUCUUAGGAGUACCGCCGGAAGCAGAUAUGGAGGAAAUCAAGGCGGCGUACAGGAGGUUAUCAAAAGAGUACCAUCCUGACACGACGUCGCUUCCGCUGAAGGCGGCAUCGGAGAAAUUCAUGAAGUUGAGAGAGAUUUACGAUGUUCUGAGCAAGGAGGAGAGCCGGAGGUUUUACGACUGGACGCUGGCUCAGGAGGCGGCGAGUCGGAAAGCGGAGAAGAUGAGGAUGAGGUUGGAGGAUCCAUACCACCAAGCGAUUAGGAAUUACAAGUCGACUCCAGAUAUGGUGGAUCGUCUGGGCGGAAGGAACAUGAAGCUGAGUGACCAGGCGAUGACGGCACUCACCUUUGACGUCGUUAUCAUUAUCUUCGCAGUUUGUUGUAUUAUUUAUGUUCUCUAUUUUAAGGAACCUUAUUAACUACGUAGUUUUGAAUUUUGAUAAAUUAAUCAGAUAAUUCCACAAAAAAAUUAAAUUGUACAA